AUGCCUGGACCCGACGACGACGUAAGAGAACCGACCGCAGCCGCCAGAACAAACAACAGCGGCUACGGCCUCAGAGCAGCGCCGAGCUCCAUCACUUCGGGUCUGGAUAGUGUCGUAAGCGUAAACAGCUAUCGAUCCAGCGAACUGAACGCUGAGGAAGUGAACGUCGACGACCAGGAGUGCGCUGACAGCGACAUCCUCGAAUCCCCGAACGACGGGAUGACCAUCAUGAACGACGACGACGCCGAUCUGAGCGAGGAAGAGGAGGAAGUCAUGGAAAACUCCAUCGACUUCUCCGUAAACCGAGCCACUGUCACAAAAGCAGGCGUCAUUCCGUGCUGUGUGUUCGUGGGUAGAGUACGCUGGGGCACCACAGACUGGGAGAUCUACUUCGGCCAGAAACAACUACUACGUCUGCAUUUCAACCUGCACUUGUACAGUCUAUUCAACAGACACAAGCUCCUGCGUGGAGUGCAUCUACCUUGUACGAUCUGGCGUGAAAAACGCGCCGAGAAACGCGUGAUGGACGUGUACGUCGUGCAGGAUUACAUCCGACAGCUACUCAAAGACCGGGACUUGAGGAACUCGGAGCCUCUGUUGUCAUUCCUAGAGGUCAGUCCGUCACGAGCUAUGCUACGUCUAGGACCUUCGCUGAAGGAGGGCUACGUGCACAUGCGCAUCAACGGACCGUUCCAGUUGCCACUGUACACGUGCUUUAACCGCACGAUUGAAGCUCUGUAUCGACAUCUGUAUCGAGCGUGGAUGCGUAUCGCGUUCGUGUCAGCGAUCGUGGGCUUUAUAUUCCCCAUCUGUCUGGUGAUCGUGACAAGUUUGCCGACUUUUUUCUCGCCUCAGAAGGAGCUAGUGAACUCGGAUUCAGGCACAAAGGAGGUGUCGACAAAGCUGAAUACAGCGGGGGUUUUCCUGGGUCUAGCGGUGCUGGGAGGUAUUCUUUUCUUUGCAGUGUUCGUGUACAAGUUCUUCCAGCAUCGACUUGGUGUCAUUCGGCGGUGGGUUGUGCUGAAACCUUCGUGCUUUGCGGCGUACCGGAAUCGCAAUGACAGAGAGCCGAGUGAGGUGUUCUUGUUCGACAAGAACUUUACAGCGAGGAAAGGAAGCUACAGACAAGGUGUGAGCUGGAUGCCGAGUGGGUUGGUCGUGGGUAGUAAAGCGGGAGAUAUCGAGAUCGACACGGGACAUUACUACACUCGACUGACUGCGUUCGUUGCUCUCAUGGGCGUCUGCUACGGCAUCAUGCGGCUCUCGAACAGCAUCUACGACUUCGAGUACCUGAGUCUGGACAAGAGUAUGGGUGUACCCAUUACGAACGCGUCAGGGUAUGAGAACUGGACUGAGAGUCGUGACGCUGAGUAUUGUGGAUACUACUUCAUUGUACCCAAAGGCACGACCGUGUACGUGGAGAGUAAAGACGACAGCGCUGUGAUCUCGCAGCUGCAGAUGCCAUCGUCGAAUUCGAUGACGGCAAACCUCGGCUUUUUCUGGCAAAGUGACAGUAUGGGCUACAGCUUGAACGUAAUCACGAAUGCAGUGGGGGCAGGCACGAUGGUGAGUGUAGUGAAGCCAAUCGAUGCGAAGAACGAUCGAUUCUUCGAGUCUGGUACGAAUUACUCGAUGCCGACCGUGGGGAACUUGACGCUGGAAGGUGUGAAGACAGAUAUCGACGUACAGAGCUUCAGCAAUGUCGAAAGUUUCUGUGCGAUUACUGUGCGAAUCGCUCCUCUCACGUGGCGGUCGUACGUCUACUACAUUCUGUUCCUGUUUGCUGGAGGCAUCAUCGCGCCUGUUGUUGGCUUCCUGGCCAACUAUUUCGUUACGUAUCUUGGCAUUUGGCACCCUCAUGUGCGUCGAGACCAUUGGUUCCGAUGUGUGCGCCGUCUGCAGAAGCUGAAGCGCCAGGAAACAUCAACGCGGUUUAAUUCGUUCGCACCUCAACAUAUCAGCACUAUUGACGACGACGAGAGUGCAACGAUCACUGCUAAGGCGAAGGCGGCUAAGCUUGCUAUCGGAAAUACGCCCACCAGCAACAUCAAUCAGGUCGUGGAUUCGGUGGUCAAGCAGGAAGCGGAGACGGCCUCUCGCAUGGGCACGGGGAAUCUGGCACCUGCCUCUAGUCGUGUUGACAGCAGUACGCAGUCUGAAGACUCAUUUGAAGCCCCAAAGCCUCCUCCUAGCUCUGUGAGCUGGCAUGUGGAUGCAGAAGAUACGUAUGCGGCUAUGUACAAGGCCAUCUCGAACGCAAAGUACGAGAUCCUAAUUGCUGGCUGGUGGGUGUGUCCGGAUCUGUUUUUGCUGCGUCCAGGCCGAAAGCUUCCGCCUCGCGAAGCUGACGAGGAUCCUGACGGACAACAAGUGAACAAGACGAUGCUACGCCAAGUGUUGAUGAAGAAAGCGGAGGCUGGCGUCAAGAUCUACGUUUUGAUUUAUCGAGAGGUCAAGCUGGCUCUUACGCUGAACAGCGCAUACACAAAGCGCAGUCUAAUGGUGCAUCCGAACAUUCGAGUUCUUCGUGACCCCAUUUUCCAGAUCCAAAGUCUCGGAUUCUGGUCUCACCACGAGAAAAUUGUCUGCAUCGAUCAGUCUCUGGCGUUCGUGGGUGGACUGGACUUGUGCUUCGGUCGAUAUGACCACCACGGUCACCCGAUUAGUGACCCUAGUGACGACCCGGUCUGGACAGGCAAGGACUACUCGAAUCCGAUUAUUAAGGACUUUGUGCGUGUCAACAAGCCAUUCGAGGACCUCAUUGAUCGCGCUUCGCAGCCGCGAAUGCCUUGGCAUGACGUACACUGCAGUAUUUCGGGACCGCCAGUGCAGGACGUGGCGUAUCACCUCAUUCAGCGAUGGAACUUUGUGUGCUCCAAGAAUGACUACCAGCUGCGUACUGGCUGGUGCAUCUGCUUUCGCUCUCGACGGUUUAAAUUCCUCCCGAAGUGUCUGGUGCCCAUGGACUUUAACGGAUGGACGCUACAGUACCCGUCGUCAGACCCUGAACCUAUGCGCGAUGGCUCUACACGGACAACUAUCCCUCUUGUUCGUGAGGACUCGUUGAGUAUGGUCGAGCCUUUCCAAGUGGUGCAGUCUGUAAACCCUAUGUAUCCGUGCACUGCAACGGGUCCUCAAUGGCCGCCAACCUCUUCGUUGCACCCAAUCAACCCGAUGCGGCCACCCCUCACGAGUGCUUCGACCACUACGGGUCCGCUAGACGACGGUGAGGUGCUGCGUGCUCAGCGUGGCGAGUCGAUUCUGCAAGUGUUCCACCCAAGUGCCAACAUUUGCAACAUUCAGGUAUGUCGCUCAGUGUCCAUGUGGUCAGCGGGUGUGCCUACUGAGGCUAGUAUUCAAGCGGCCUACAUGGAUGUGAUCGCCAAUUCGAAGCACUUCUUGUAUAUCGAGAACCAGUUCUUCGUGUCAGGAAUGGACGGCAACGGAAUCGUACGCAAUCGGAUCUUGCAAGCCUUAGUGGAUCGUAUCGAACGUGCUGUCCAGCGUGACGAGAAGUUCCGAGUGUAUGUGGUGAUGCCACUGCUACCAGCUUUUGAGGGCAACAUUCGUAGUCACGAGCUCACAAACCUUCACGCGGUAAUGCAUUGGCAGUUUGCAACUAUUUGUCGUGGGCGGUACAGCUUAUUCGAGGCGCUGAAGGGCGUGACAAACCACCCUGAGAACUACGUAGCUUUCUUUGGAUUGCGCAAGUACGGCAUUAUGCCGAACGGUUGUGCAGCCACUGAGCAGAUCUACAUUCACAGUAAGCUCAUGAUCGCUGACGAUCGAUGUGCCAUCCUCGGCAGUGCGAACAUCAAUGACCGUAGUAUGAACGGUGAUCGCGACUCGGAAAUUGCCCUGGUGAUUGAGGACAUGCAGUAUGAAGACGGUGUGAUGAAUGAGAAGCCUUAUCGACGAGGUGUGGCGGCCAGCAAGCUUCGCUUACAGCUCUUCCGCGAGCACCUCGGUCUGGCUGAUGAUGAUCUCUCUGUGGCGGACCCUACGUCGGAUCACACUUGGCAGGCCAUCAAGUCAACUGCCUCAAGCAACACCAAGAUCUUCGAGGCCGUGUUCGACUGUGCACCUUCCAACCGUAUGCGUGCGUUUGUCAACUUUCAGAGUAUCGAAGUGACGCAAAUCUUUGAGAACCAACGUAUGAAUGUGCUUAAGGUCCCCGGGCGAUCUCAUGUGUGGGAUGCUCAGAACCUGAAAGACGGAGACUAUGCGCCAUGGACUGACGUCAACGGUGUGCCCAUUGCGGCCGAUCGAGUGGAUCUGAGAGAUUUCGAGGUGGACAACUACAGAGACAAGAAGAAGAAACUCUUCUCUAUGGAUCACGAUGGCUGGUGUUAUGCGCGUAACUUCUCCAUUUUCCAGGAGGUACGCACAAUGAAGACGGACUACAAGAAGCGAGAGAAGCUCCAGCAUCUCGUAGCGGAUCGUUUGAUGGCUCAAGUGCGUCGACGUCGGUGGGUCAAGAAGGGCUUGCUACCGCCUCGAGAUCCUCGUGAAAGCUCGUUCAGUCUUGCCAGUGACGACGAGGAGCACGGACGCUUCUACUCACUGUGGCGAAGAUUGCAGCAGGGCGAUUUCAGCCGCUCCAACUCGGUCAGUACGCCGACAAAUUUCAGUCAAUUGGACACGGACGGUGGCAUUUCUGGCAGCGUGAGCGUUGGAGGCACGAAUCACGGUCGUCGUCUGUACAAUUCGAACUCGAUGCCUUCGAACGCGUCAAUCCUGGGCGAUAACCCGACCAUGCGACCUCCUGUGCUUGGCGAUGCGCCGUCUUACCCGAACUCACCCAGUGUUGCAAGCUUCCAGCAUACGCCUCAAAGUCCGGCCAUUGCAACUGGAGCACGUAGUGUACGCAGCGCUCGCACGUCGUCUCUCUUGGGCACUGGUGCCGGUGUCAGGACUCGCGGUAAUACUCGAAGCGCGCGAGGCAGCUUUUACGGCAUGUUCAGUGUUACAGGCAAUCGAAAUCUCGAUACAGAUGACGAGUCCAGUGAUGCUGGUAGCGAGUACGGAGGCGGCCAUGGUAUUCGUGCGUCACUUAAGCGAUGGUAUUCCACGAUGGACGUACUGGACUUCGGUCGGCGCUCCAAGUUCAACGCCGAGUACUUUGAUACAGAUGAGGACCACUUGCACAGCGACGACCCGCUUCUGGAAGACGGCAGGGGUAGCUAUCACGCUGCGACUCGUGAAGGUCUUCUAACUGAAGAAGCUGUGGAAGGAUCCGACGAUGAAGAUGCCGAGUGCCAGAUCGGCCACGUGCAGACUGCAGCCACAGUCCGCAAGGAGGACGAGACGCGUGCUCGUGGCCAACUCUCGGAGAUCCGUGGUCAUCUUGUGGAGUUCCCACUGGACUUUUUGGUCGAAGAAAUCCUCAAGCCGUCGGUCCUACCAGCCGACAUUCAUAUUUAG